GGAGGUCGGCGGCGUGGUGGGCCUGAUCGGCCUGACACAGACGCUGGACCACGGGGAGUCGCAGACGAGGGACUGCGCCAUCGUCAACCCGGACUAUCAGGAGUCGAUCACCCUGGUUUGCAGUGAGGGUUCGCUCAACAUCACCGUCGACGCCUGCAUACCGAAGCAGUGCCCGAUCACCUUGUCCAUCGCCGUUGCGCUCGGCGACCUCAGCGUCCCGAUCGCGCCCAACGCGCUGAUCCACCAUGGCGGUUCCGAGACGCGCCUGUGCCGCGAAGCCGACGGGCUCUACCGCGGCGUGUACGUCCUGACGUGCACCUACGGCGUGCUGACGGCGAACACCUCCCAGUGCAUCGCGCAGUGGUCCUCCCUGGACACGCCCCCCUGGGCGCCGCGAUCCGGGCACGCCGCCGUUACGCUGAGCGACGGAGCCGUGCUGUUGCUGGGCGGCUUCGGGGAGGCGGGCGCGCUGCGGGAGGCCUGGCUCUGGAGCCCCGGCGGCAACGCCAGCAGCGGCUCCUGGCGGGCGCUGCCAACCCCGCCCUGGAGCGGCCGCCACGGCGCCGCGGCGGUGCCGCAGGUGGCGGAGCUAGGGGAGCAGGUCGUCAUGGCGGGCGGCAACGACGGGACCGAUCGCGGCGACGUUUGGCGGUGGCUGCGGCAGCCCAGCUACAUGGAGAUAGCCCUGGAGGACGGCGGCGCGACCGGCACGCAGCCCGAGAGCUGCUCGGCGCAGGACGGCGGGGCCCUCGCGUGUGCCGCCUCGGUCGGGGUGGCCGGUCAGCUGUGGUUCAUGCCGGUCGAGCUGUACGACUCGGGGGCGGUGCACGUGAGGUGGCGGCAUUCCUGCAGCUCCGCGGAUGAGGCGGAGGAGAUGGUCACCAUCGCGCUGCAGCUGGACUCGUGCAGGCAGCUCUUCCAGCGGAGCUGCAGCGGCACGUGGUCGUCGCAGGGCUGCACCGGGACGGACCCGCCCUGGGCGCUGACGCUGCAGACUGCGGCCUUCGGCGCCCCGGGGGCGCCGGCGACGGGGCAGUGGCAGGAGGUGGCCCUGACGCUGGACCGCGAGUCGCUGCAGGUGGUGCUGUCGCUGGACGGGGAGGUCGCCGUCCCCGUGGGCGGGCAGCUCGACGGGGCGCAGGGCGUCCCGGUGGGGAGCGUCGCCUGCUCGUGGGAUCAGAACUCCACGAACUCGUCGAACUCCACGGACUCGUCGAACUCCACGGGGUGCAGCGCGCUGCCGAGCGUCUCGUCGAUGAGCCUGCUGAGCAUCGAGGUGGCCGCCUGGCCAGGCGCCACCCUCGAGGUCGAGAGGCUCGGGGUCACGGCGCCCGCGGGCCACUGGCAGCGGCUCCUGGACGAGGCGCCGUGGCCGCCGAGGAAGAGCCAGGGAGGCAUGGGGGCUGGCCACUUCCGGUGGUCGGUGCUGCUCAGCGAGCAGGCACGGCUCAGCAUCCUUUGCCUCUGUCCGUGCGCGGCAGCGGCGGCAGCGCAGAGGCUGAGCCGCGAAGUGGGUGAUCCCUCCGUGGCGUUCGGCGUGUCCACCGCAGGCGGGAAGGGCAAGGGCGCGGAUCUCACUCCUCGUACGCACGCAAUGGCAGUGUUCAGCAUGAUGGUCUCCCUUCCCGUUUUGCCGAUGCUCGUGAUCGCUCUCGUGUUCACGACUUGUGCUGCCAUCGAGGACAUCUGGCUCUUCGGCAUCGAGCCCUACACUAUCGUAGUGCCGGUAGGCUUGUCCGUCCAGAUCGGCAAGGAGUUGAUGCUGGACGAGAUCAACAAGAAGGCCGACCUCUUGCCUGGCUACAGGCUCCGGAUGGCACAUCAAGAUGGACAGUGCAGUGCCGACUGCGUCUCCAACAUGUUCCUGAGGAACCUCUUCAAGGAUACAUACGAAGUGUUCGCGCCCGGGGUGGACCCACUCACUCUCAACAGAGACGGGGUCGGCGCGGUCUCGUAUAACAGUUCGAGCAUCUUCAACGAGGUGUGGACCUCUGCAAACAUGUCUGGCGGGCCCGUUGGCCUCAUCGGAGGCGGGUGUUCAGGGGGAACCAUGGCCAUCAACAAUGUCGCUUACAUGGCCAACGUUCCCAUUGUGUCGGCGCUGUCCAGCAACCCAGAGCUCUCCGACCGCAGCAAGUAUCCGAAUUUCUGGAGGACUGUCAUGCCGGACACCCAGUUUGCUGGAGCAUGGAUGGCUACAACGAAGGUCUUGGGCUUCUCAGACAUGACCGUGGUCAUCGGCGAGACGUCAGUGUGGACCCCCCACGCCGCAUCCGUGCUGAGGCAGUCAGAAGCCCACGGAGUGGCCCUAAAGGGCGUGGACCUCAGCGAGGAGUUCGAGUGGCAGGGCGAGCCCCUAGAGGGCUUCGCAGGGUACCAGGUGUCUAUCAACUCUGUUAGUGCUGCAUUCGAGGCCGCGAAAGGCAUCCGGCAACCGAACCGCCGGAUUGUGCUGACCAUGAUGUACGACGAUCGGCUGAGGAUGCUGUUCUGUGAGUGCCACAAGCUCGGUUUGGACAACUUCAUUUUCAUGGGUCCCGGCUGGCUCGGCGACGGGUUCUGGCGUACAGCCGACGACACAGAGUGCUCGAUUGAGCAGGUGACGCACCAGGCGAAGGGUUGGAUCGUGGCCGAUGCACGGUUCUGGCGUUCUGACAUGAACACAAAGCUGACCUGCUUGGAUGACAUGACCGCCGCGGACUUCCAAGCCAAGUGGUUGGAGAGCCAGCGCAUCAACCUCACGACAUUUGUCGGCAUCACGAAGGAGGGCAUCCUGCCAACCCACUAUGGGGCAGUGGCUGCGGACGCCGUCUGCAUGUUCGCGCUCAUGCUGCACACUGUUCUGUUCAAGGCGGGCCAUUCCAUGGAGGACCUGAUGCAGCGCAAAACGGCGGUGUAUAACGAGAUCCAGGAGAUCUUUAACAGCACCGACUUCGAGGGGAACAGCGGCCGCAUCCGCUUCGAGCCGAAUAGCCCGGACUACGUCGAUAUCGGGGAGUACAACAUCGCGGACGGAGUGCUCACCUUCCUCGGAGUUUCCGACUUUGAAUUCAAGAUGCCUGGAGAGAUCUACGCUGCUGGGCUUGUGGGUGCUGCCAGCCUUGCUGGUCAGCCAGUGGCCUUCGACACUUGUCCUCACGGAAUGAUUCUGAACUAUGCGUCAAACGUCUGCGUACACUGUGGUGACUCAGAGGUGUUCGUUGAUACGCUCGGCGGCUGUACUUGUAAGGCUGGCUUCGUCUCAUCGACGGAGGGCUGCGUCCCUUGUGAGGCGGGCACGUACGUCGACGUUGUCGGGCAGAACGCCUGCAUUGACUGCGAGACCCGUAGGUUCAGCGACGAGGGCGGUGCCACUGCGUGCGAGCGGUGCCCGCGGGGCUCUUUCGCAAACUCCACAGGAAGGGCCAGCUGUACCGACUGCCCGCACAAGGAGUCCGGGAAGACCACGGGUGGCUUGGGUUCAGAGUCAGAAGAGGAUUGCCAGUGCGGGGUCGGCUUCAAGCCGGUCGCGAGCGAUGGCAGCUGCGAGACGUGCGGCGAGGAGGAUGAGACUGGCCUCGUGUGCCUUGGCAACGAUGUGGUGGAGGUGGCAGCAGGCUUCUACGCGGCCGACGAGUCGCUGUCCGUGUUCCGCUGCUACGGCAACGACCCCACGCUGCGCUGCCGUGGCGGUCUGGCAGGCCAGACCUGCGCACCUGGCCGCGCUGGCAUCAGCUGUAGCGAGUGCCAGGAAGGCUCGAUGCCCAAGGAGGAUGGCAGCUGUGUGCCGUGCGAGGCAGAGGGCAAUAGCUCGACGGCCCUGGUGCUCGUGGUGGCCGCCCUCUUGGUGGGCCUCUCCGCUUUGUACGGUGUCAUCGACAGGUUCAAUACCGCGAAGUACAGCUACGCCAUGCUGCUACCGCUGGUGGGAAGCAUCUUGGUGACGAUCGUGCAGCAGUUGGCGGUGCUCGGCGCUUUCAAGGCCGUAACCUGGCCUGCGCCGAUGACUGGCUUCCUUCUGGGCCUCGAGCUGGGAACUUUGGACGUCGAGUUCUUGAACCUUGGCUGCGUGGGACAGAUCUCCCCCCUGGGCCGCUUCAUUGUGAAGCUGAGCAUUCUGGCAGUCUGCGUCUUCGUCAUCCUCAUGAUCCAUGUGGUCUCGGUGCUUGUGUUCUACAAGGGCAGAUUCUCGGACAGGUUGCACAUUUUGAUCGCCUGUCUGGGCUCAUGCGUCACAGUCUUCUACAUUUCUGUGAUCUCGGCCGUGCUUGGGCCGAUACAGUGCCUGAAGAACCCGAAUGGCAAGUGGGCAGCUCGACCCUAUCCGUCUGUCGUUUGCUGGGAGUCUGAUGAGCACUCCGUGAUGGUCGCCAUCGGCGCAAUCGUUCUUCUUAUCCCGAUCGGCUACCUGGUCCAGUGCUGCUUGACUGCAUGGCGCUUCCCUAGGAUGAUGAGUGAGGACCACGUGUCCUACCUGCAGUCCUACGCGUUCCUUUUCUUCCGUUACAAGCCGGAGACUUACUGGUACUGCCUGGUGCAACUCCUCCGCAGCUUGCUGCUGGCGGUAGUGCUGGCGCUCCCUGACGUCGCGUUCCAGCUGAUGAGCAUGCAGCUCAUUCUGGCCCUUCAGCUCUGCUGUGUGGUGUACUACCUGCCGUGGCGCGUGCCUGGACCCAACACCCUCGAUGCCACGUUCACGGUCGGCGUGGUGGUGGUGCUGGCUUGUGCUUCCUUCUAUGUAGACGCACACCCAGGUGAUGUCCUGGCCUGGCUCUCCAUCGUGUUGGUGGCUAUCAUGCUGUGCUCGAUGCCCGUCAUCGGCGCAGUGGUGCUCUACCGUGAGCUGACACUCAGAGACAACAAACCGUUCAAGUUCUUCAUUUGUCACGACAUGGCUGGUGCCGGUGCCUACGCGCGUCUGCUCAAGAUGCACAUGGAGAAGAGGGCUGUCAGGGUAGGCAUCGACAAUGCUUGCGCUGGCGCCAGUCUCGACACCAUCAUGGACCAGGUCGGCACGCAGACUGAACGCUUGAUCGUUUUGGCGUCGAAAGGCUUGAUCCAGAGGCACAGCUCCAUGAACAUGAUCAUGACCGCGAAGCGCAAGCAGGUACAGGUGGCGAAGGUGACAAUGCCCGAGUACACCGAUCCAGAGGAGGAGUUCAUCAAUUCGUACGAGACAUACUUCAGCGACUUGUCGGUGCUCGCCAAUAGCGGCUUCACAGUUUCGAACGUCAAAGAUGCCCCGCGCUGGUUUCAUGGCCUCCAGGGAACCCCUGUGAGCCGGCAGCUGACCAGCACCUCGCUCGAGGAGAUUUGCAACGAGCUGAUUGGGAAGGACGCGCCGCCAGCGAGCGAGGCUGGCGGCGAUCCGCCCCCAGACAUCGCUACUUUCAUCGUGCACGACAGCAAGAAUUUGGAGGCCACCGCCACUGCUAUGGUCCUGGAGCGCAUGUUGGAGCCGUCCUUCGGGGCUGGCAAGUCGCCGAGGGUGCUGUCCGCUGGCCAGCCUGCGCCCUCCUCGGCCAAGCAGGUCAUCCUCCUCUGCGCCGACGGCGUGCUCGAGCAGGAGGCCCCACUUCGUACAAUUACGUCGGCGUCUAAGCUUGGCGCGACUUUCUUGCCCGUGCUGGCCGGGGACGGCUUCCGCUUCCCGCCCCUCGACAACGCCCAGAACAACGAGAAGAUCCUCGAGCAGGUGGAGAUGGAUGUUGUGCUGGCAGCCUUCAAGCCCGUCUCUGUGAGCUUCCCCGCUGCGUUCGCCUCGGACCAGGUGCUCCGCGUCAUCUCCGACCGAAUUGCCGCGCGCUUGUUUCACGAGGAAUGGACCAAGAGCCUCCUUGAGUCGAUCAUGACCAGCGAGAACCAAGUGCCUGACCUUGCAAUCAUCUCAAGCAGAUAA